CCCCACCCACUCCAUGCCCUGGGGCAGUGAUGCUGCCCUGUGCCCUCAGCUCCUUGCAACUUUGUGGAGGAGCAGUGGAUGAGGAUACAGGUUCUGGGUGCUGCUGGGGUGGGGAGCGUGGGUUUAGGCGGCUGGUUGCAGAGCAGAGCUUGCCAGCGGUGCAGCGGUGGAGGGGUGCGGUGUGCGGUGUGCGGAUGCGGCAGGGUAGGAUUGGGGGCAGGGGAUACAGAACAUGAACCCGGGGCUUUGGAUCACAUGGAGAGCGCAGUACAUGGGUUGGCCCUGAAUGGGCCCCCUGAGGGCUGGGCCAGGCCUAGCUGGCUGUGGGGAGGGAGGUGGAGGGGCAUUGACUCCUUGUCCUGGGACACGGCCCCCUCUAUGUACACAGGCAGGAUUCAGGCCUCUGCUCCUCUCACCAUGUUGCCACCCCCAACAGGCUUCCAGAACGGAGUGUACAAGGCCAUCAGGGACGUGGCCAAGGCCAAGAGCAUCCACCUAGAUUUGUUUCAGUACCUGAUGCUGCUGCCCCCAGACCCACCCGCCAUGCCCCACUUCCGGCUGGAGGAGGGGCUGACGCUUGCCCCUGUGUCCCCCGCCCAUGCUGCAUUGCUCAAUGAUGCCUGGGACUUUGGGGGCAACUUGUGGAGCCUGCGCUACCUGGAGAUGCUGAUUCGGUGCUUCCCUAGCGCCUGCUUGCUGGGCCCUGAUGGGCACCCUGUCUCCUGGACCCUCACCAACCCUCUUGCCUGCCUGUCCCAUGGCUACACCCUCCCCGCUUAUCGUGGGCAGCACUGUCAAGGCGUGGUGCUGGGCACGCUGGUGGGGCAGCUCCAUGCCCAGGGCUUCCCCGCCUUCUGUGGGGUGCUGCCUGAGAACAAGCCCUCCCUACGUGCCCUUCACGGCCUCGGCUUCUGCAACCAGCCUGGGGUCUUAUACCUGAUGGUCCUGAAACCAGACCCCACCUUGGCACCCGGGCACUAGCAGGCGCCCCCAGCACAGAGCACGAUGUGCCCAGUUCUGGGGCUCAGAGCCUGACUUUUCGGGUAGAAAUGAGUGGGGUGGGUGGAGGGGUGAUGCACGGGGCAAGGGAUAUUAGGAAAGGGCUGGUCUGGGCAGGUGUGACUGGAGCUGGGGAGACUGAGAUGGCAGUAGACACAGGUGGGUGAGGGAGUGCAGGGCUGGGGGGGCAGUGGGGAGUGGGUGAGGGGCACUGACAGGGUGGUAGGCAGCGGCUGUCCCACAGGACACCUGCAGGCUCAAGGCUAGUUUUCCCAUGGCCACUGGGUGUCGCUGUUAUGUCCAGAUCAGCAGCUGUGGCCUGGGAUCUGGCUUGGAGGAAAUAGUCAGGACUUGGAGCUAACCCCUUCUUGCCCGAUCUCCGCUGGGGCUGGUGGAGGGAUAGGAUGGUGGGCCCACCAGGCCGGUUCCUGCCUCUGGGUGCUUGUCCAUUGUCAUGAUAACUCUCCAAGGCCUGGAGGGGACACCAGCCUCCACCACAGCACCACCAGGAGGAAGUGAGGCACAGAGCAAAAAAAGCUGUGCUCUGUGCAUCGUCCCGUAGCCUGCACCAUAUCUGGGCUAACAGCCCCAGAGCAUUCAUCCUGGCCUGGCCCGGCUCCCUCCUUUUCCUUCUCAGCCAUAGUAUCAGGUGCCAGGUGCCACUGUGUCCCGCAGCCCCGGAGAUCGUGAGACAACCCACCCCUUGCUGCAGAGCCAGGCCCCAUAAUCUCAGCACCGAAUGAAAUGCCUUGUCUCUGGGGCAGCAGUGGGAAACCUUCCUCCCGUGACCCUGGUGUCACCAAGGCCUGUUUGAGCCUCGGCCUCUUGCUGGUGUGUGAACUGUUUGUGUUUCUCUGGAGCAUUCACUCUGAACCCUAGUGAUUACAGAUUAAAUGCCAGCCUCGUGCGCAGUGCCACGGCUGAUGGUUUACAAGUUCUGCUGAUGGGCUGAUGCCCCUGCCCUACCCCAGACAGACUCCCACCCCACCCCAGGGCUAAGAGCCCUGCAGCCCCCAACACUGUGACAGCAGCAAUGUAUUGCGUGUUUGUAAUACAGGGCUGGCCUGAAAAAAGGGUUGGGGGAGCAACUGCUGGGAUGGAACAAUUCAUUGUAUGGUGGCCAUGGCUGACUCUGGUAGGAUCAGGAAUGAGGCCGCAUUGCACCGGGUGCUGCUCAGGCAGGUGAGCCCAUGCCUCAGCGUGUUGCUGAAUGAGACUCCUAGGCUUUUAAACCUAUGGGGUUUAAACACAGCCGUGCGUGGAUGGGUAAUGUGGCUGCAGUCACUGCUGGGGCAGGCCACAGGGUGCUUCAGACCCUGCUUGGCAGCGAGAUAGGUGAGAUACUGUGGUCCCCUUAUACAAGGUCCACUUGCCUGGCACCGAGAUGCAGCCAUUUCUGGGGAGGCAUGGGCAGUGGUUCUGCACCUGCAGCCAGCUCCCCCUGGGGUGGGAAGUAGAUUGGGGCUCUGGGGCUGAUGGCACAGCUGCCGAGAGGUUGCACUUACAAGGGUUAACCAGCCCAGCAAGCGGCUGUGCUGCCCUGAACUCUCGGCCUGGGGGGUACUGAGGGGCUGGGAGUGACUCAUGCGGGGUCUGGGCCUGUUCCCCUCCCUCGGCCCUGACCCAGGGCCGCCUCGGCUUUGUCCCAUGCUGGGAAUCUGGCUGAGUCAGUUGGAUUCCCGGAGCCCUGGCUCUGGGCAGACAAAAGGAGAUGGCAGGGGGCAGCGACCCUGCCCCAGCCUGGCCCUGUCCAGGGGGAAAGCGGCUGUCAGGGCACUGAGUCAUUGCACGUGCCUGCUCCCCCCCACACACAUGGCUCUGCCAGGGCCCUUCGCUGCCAACCCGCCGGUCCUGUGUUGGGCUCCCCCACAGCUCUGCCAGGACCCCUCAAUCCUGACCCACAGCCCCCUGCUACCCCAGCCCUGGGCCCCAGCCAGGAGGGAGGUGGGCAUGGGGAAGCAAAUGGAGGGGCUUGCAGACCCCAAAGCAGAGGGGUGGAGGCCGAGGUGGGGGCGCAGCUUGGUGCCCAUGCUCCUGGCAUUGCUUCCUCUUUAGUUAGCCCUUUGUGUUCUCUGUGCCAUUGUCAGGGACCUCCAAACCUCCAUGUAUCAUGUGGAGCUGCCCCCUGCACCCUACUAUAAGACAUUUGCAUCAUGAGAAGAAGUGGGGCUCAUUGGCUGCAGCAAGGCGGCUGCAAGCCAGGACUCCUGGGUUGCAAGUCUAGGAGGACAGUGGGAUUCAGUGGGCUAGAGCAGAGGGGCUGUGUUGGGGGGGUGGUCUUUUCCUGGCUAUGCUGCUGACCUUCUGUGCCUUGGUGUUCAUCUUGUGGAUAAGGCCCUUGGGCUGGGACUCUCUGGUCACCGUUGGGCAGGCCCAGCUCCUAGAGGUUUGCCCUGGCCUGACAGAGUGGCUGGAACUACUGAGGCCAGAGCCCCUCUUUGCCAUCAUCCUCUGUCUCCAGUGAUCAGCCCUCAGCCUAAUGUUACUUGUGGAUCUUCUAGAGGCCACUCCCUAUUCCCACCGUGUGCCACAAAGCAAUCCCUGGCAUCUCUGCACAGCUUGGCACACCUGUGCCUGACUCAUGAAUUUUGCAUUGGCCUGGGGAGGUCACCGUGCAGCUCUUGCUAUGGGAACUGUCUUGUCUGCGGUGCCUCUGCACUUGCCUUUGCUGAUACUAUAUAGCCACUGGGACUGGGACAAGGGCAGCAGCCUUAGAUCUUCGUGGGUGGCUAUGAGCAACAGCAGCUGCUGCCCAGUACAAACAGCCUGCUCUUACCAGGCUGGAGUUGGGAGCAUUGUUGAGCUACCACAGGCUGUAAGGAAGAAGCCAGGAUCUUGGAAAGGGGCGUUUACACUGAGCCAGGUUUCCCAGAGCCCCACAGAAAGUCCUAGGCAGGGCAG